AUGUCAAAGGCAGUAGGUGGCCGCGCAGAUGCCCGAUCAAAACGUCGACAUAAGUGCAGAAAUGACAUUUUUUAUUGUGAAAUCAAAUUAAAAGAACGUUUGUUUUCAGACUUGGAGCAAGACGGUUUCUGCAAAAACCCGUUUUUUCAUGGGAUCGUCGCCGAGGUGCCGGAGAAGCUCAGAUCCAAAGACGGUGGCUCCUGGUCGGGCCGAGCCGUCUACAUGGAGGACCUGUACGUGAUGCCAGAGUUUCGAGGAAAGGGCAUUGGGAAAGCACUUAUGAGCAAGGUGGCACAG